CCUAACGAGCAGCGGCCGAGAGCGGAGCAUUCCCACGGAAAGAUUCAUAAGAAUUCGAGCGGGCGAAAGUGGACGUGCUUUUUUUUUCGCGCGCGCAUCGAUAUGCCGUAACUUCUUUUUCUUUUUUCUUUUCAUAUACGAGCCGCUCCUUGUUGCCGGUCGCGUUGCCGGUUGCAUCCCCGCGUAUUUUUUUUACGUCGUGUCGACGGUAAAUAAGCGUCAUCGCACAGAUAAACAUUAUUUUGGUGACGAACUUGAGGCGACACUGUGAAGUGACUCGCGUCAUACUCCGUACCACGGAGAGCCGGGCGAAAAAUUUGAAAAGCGGUGCACUCGGAUGAAUCCUCGAUGAACGAGUACCGUGAAAUUUUAGUGCUUCGGACCUCGGAGUCUGUCGGCGACAUGUGAUCGUGCGCGAGGGAGAAAGAGAGAGAGAGAGAGAGAAAGAGAAAGAUAAACCGCGCGUGAAUUCGCACGCGAUCUCGGACGCUAAUUGCUCUCUCGCGUAUAUCGGCUGCUGCGAUUCGUGGAGUGAUCGUAGAAAUCAAAGACACACAGUCGGCGGUGCGCGGGAAUUGUUUCGACACAUCGCGAACUGUGAUUCCACGCGAAUUACUCCCGGUCGAGCGAUACUCCCCUGCAUGUAGCGCCCCAACUCGCAGAUGUAUCGCGGAGAAUCCGAAUACGCGUUCUCUGAUCGAGCGUGGAUGACCAUUACUACUUGAAGCAAUAUUCCGAAAUGCUGGCGCUUGCCGCGGAAUAGAUUCUGUUUCACGGUGAUGGCAGCGUUUCGCGCGGGUGAAUCGUAAGGUGCGAUUCCGGAGAAAGUAGAUAAUCGUAUGAUUUAACCGUUUAAGCGGCGAUGAAGGAGAAUGAGGGGUGGGAAGAACGGUCGUGUUAGCCUCUAACCGCGAGAUUCUUUUCUUCGCGCGGCGGAAAGUGUCAAUACGGGGGAGAGCUGAUGAUUUUUGACAGAGCCGGUAUCAGUGAAGUUGCAUGAAGAGAAACGAACGGAGUAACGUGGCGAUAAAGCGGGGCAAAAAUAGAGCGAAGGGAAAAAGUGAGAGACGGAAAUUCGUGAGGUGGGAGACAAAUUCGUGAGCGGAGCGACAUAUCGUGCCGCCGCAUAAAGAAAUAAACAAUAGUGCUGCCGCGUACGCAACUUUGGGAAUAGAAAUGAGUUGAGGAUCGACUACGAUGUUGAGUCGUCUUUCGGCCGUGGUGGCCUCCAUCUUGGUUCACCAGAUAUAUUUUCUAUGCACUGUCAACACGUUAGGUGGAAAGUCAUUUCCUGGGUUUGAAAACCUGCCACGCUCAUUUUGGCACGAACUUAGUUCACCUUUCACAGAGGUUUACGAGGUGGAGAAUUUCGUGACUGAAACAGGUGGUACUCCUGAACCGAGGCCAUUUUUCGAGGAUCCAGAAAGCAACAUUACUGUACAGCUCGGCGCCCAAGUCUACAUGCACUGCAGAGUACAAAAUCUACAAAAUACUCUUAAGGUAUCCUGGGUGCGUAGACGGGGAGAGGAGCUUCAUUUACUCACCAUUGGCCUCGACACGUACGCGAGCGACUCGAGAUUCUCCCUGGCCUUUGAGAAGCCUAAUGACUGGCGAUUGCUUCUGCGCUCCGCUACGGAACGCGAUGCCGGCCUUUACGAGUGUCAAGUCAGCGCCCAUCCACCAUUAAUCAGAACUGUCCAUCUAGCGGUGUCAGUGCCGAAGGUGGAAAUAGUGGAUGAGCAUGGCGCUACGGCUGGUGACAAGUUCUACAAAGCGGGUAGUACAAUAGAGCUGAAGUGUGUAGUCAGCAAUAUACCGCAACCUACAGGCUAUGUCACGUGGCGGCACGGAUCUCGUACGUUAAAUUACGACACGACUCGUGGUGGCAUCAGCGUCAAGACGGACAUGGGUGCAGCCGGUGCGGUGUCUAGGCUCUACAUCGCUAAUGCGAAUAAAAAGGACAGCGGGAACUAUAGCUGCGCUCUGGCGAACGUAGCAGCAGUCACGAUGGUGUCCGUCCACGUGCUAAACGGAGAGAACCCAGCUGCCAUGCAACACGGCGGUACUACGGCCCCGAGGGCGACCUUUAUUUUGACCGUUGUGAUAUCACUAUCAUCGCUCUUAAGGUGACCGUGAUGACCCCGGUGCAUUUUGGACCUACGAUCCGAAUGGUGCUAAUUUUCUCUUUUUCCAUGGAGACCCCGCGCGCCCGGAAGAUCUUCUCGAAACGGACGGAAACUUUGGGGCAUUAGGCCCUCCUCCGCUCCCUUUCGAGCGUGCACGCCGCACACGCGAUAUUGCCGCGAAUUACAUAGAACGGAUAUAGAUAUUCUCGCGCUAGACGCAAAUACGACGCUGUGUGUACGCGGCAACGCGACGACGGAGAUAUCAUCCUGAAUCCGUUUCGAUCGUGGACUUUAACUUUUGGACAAGUAUAGCUUCACUGUGAAGUGCAACCGCGUCUCGCAGUUUCGUCGCACGACGCGCGAGACGGCGUAUAUCAGUUUCCACGGAGCAUUUUCGAGCAUCUCUCGAGAAACUUGACUAAUCGCUUCCAGCGGCGAUCAAUGCGGGAUUUUAGGUAAGAGAAGGACGAAUAGCGCUCGCUGUGCGCUCAGAAGCGCACGCUGUGAAUUUCAGGAAGAGGGAUAGAAACUUAUACGUCUCUCCUUCGCGUGUUUGAGCUCUUGGUACUAACGUGUUGACGCUGCAUUGUUGAUGCGUAUGUUAUUUACACGUCCGCAAUGUUCAAACGCGGAUACGUUAAUUAAGAGAAUUCCGUUCGUGUGACAUGUAAUGCUCGACUCUAUGACAUACGUUCGUGCUGAUUGUGCUGAAAAAAUAUAGCCAAGCGAUGAUUCGAUCGAUUGCAAUCGAAGACGUCCUCGUUUUAUUGUUUUAUCUUUAUAUCGUAAAGAAUUUUAAGAAAUAUAGGUAAAUAUAUUUUGUUUAUUAUUGAUAAAUGCGAAUUAAAUUCAGGGAUGUAUCGUUCCCGCAUUAAUUUUAAUAUAUCGUUUUUCGGAGGGUGUAACAACGAAAAACUGUCUAUCGAUCGAAAGAAACGAAUCUUGCGAGGGUAAGUGCGUUAUAAAAUUCGAAGAUUUUUUAAAUGUAUAUAUAUAUAUAAAUAUAUAUACUUUUAUAUAUAUAUUUGUUGAAUUUAUAUUUUGUUUGUAAAUUGUUAUGUAUUUUUAGAAUGAGAUUGAUUAUAAGAUUUUUCAAACGACACCGUCCAAAGAAUUUGGUACUGCUGACUGCUGUGACUAUAAGUUCGAAUUAUCUUUUCUGUCGACCGAUUUCAGCAGUUAUACAAUAUUAUAUCUCUCUGUGUUGCUCGCAGAGUAAUAAAAAUAUUUUCAUUCGUUUAGCACCAAAAUUUUUGAUAGCUUCGAACUAAUUCCACGUAUAUCUACAUAUCAUCAUCUACAUUUUUACUUUACGUUGUAAAAUGCAAAUCUUUAAACAAAUCAAAACUUAUCCACUUACAAAAUUAACAGAUAAUUGGAAUUUACGUUGCAAUUUUGCAAACAAAAUUACGCUGUUAAUGAAAAAUUGCUGAAACAAAACAUCGAUUUUAUCCACAUAUUGUUAUAUUGUUGUUCGAUUUUAUCUAGAUAAAAUAUGGAAGCAAUAUUUUCGAGGCUCGCAAUGGUUCAAAGAAAUCGACGCCUUUGUCGAGCAUAAAACAACGAUUGCGAUGCAUCGACGUUGUUCAGUGGUAGUUUUCAUGCUCGUGCAUGGGGCGAAAAAUACGCGAUGAACGUGGCCGAUGAGGAUCUAUUCAUCGUUCGUCAUUCGCUCAAAAUGCCUGACGUUGACGAACAUCAAAUAAAAUCCGUUAGUUAUCAAAAGAUUACAUAAUCGUCGUGGGUGUAAUAAAUGUUAUUUGUGAAAAUUUGACACGGCCAUUUUUCUCUUCCAGCUAGUUGUUGAGCAUAUUUUUAUCUACCCUACGAAUUGCUACGAUUGAACGAUUCGGAAAGUUCUAUGCUUUUUACAUUUGUAUAUUGUGACAUUUUUUAUUUCACAAUAUAUUUUUUAGAAAAUGUAGAG